CAGCUGCAGUACGCUUAGCUUUCAGUCGAUAUCGUGCGCGUCUAGUGUUACAUCGUAUUUUUAAAAUGCCAAAUAUAAUUAACGAAGUUAAAUUAGACUUCAAGGAUGUGUUGUUGAGACCUAAAAGAAGUACAUUGAACAGUCGGAAUGAUGUAGAUCUAUUCCGGGAGAUAACAUUCCGUAACUCCGGUCAGACGUACCGUGGUGUACCUGUGAUGGCCAGCAACAUGGACACCGUGGGGACAUUUGAAAUGGCACAGGAGUUGUCCAAGCAUGGACUAUUCACAUGCAUACACAAAUACUACAGCCUGGAGCAGUGGAAAAAAUUCGCACAAGAUAACCCCAAAUGUUUAGAACAAAUGGCUGCAAGUUCUGGCACAGCAGAAGCGGACUUCGAUCGCCUAUCCGAGAUUUUAAAUAACGUCCCAGAAUUAAAAUUCGUCUGCUUGGAUGUGGCGAAUGGUUAUUCACAGCACUUCGUAGAAUAUGUCCGACGGGUGCGGGCUGGCUUCCCAAAACACACAAUCAUAGCUGGCAAUGUAGUAACUGGAGAAAUGGUUGAAGAACUCAUUCUAUCUGGAGCUGAUAUUAUAAAGGUCGGAAUAGGCCCAGGGUCAGUAUGCACUACACGAAUUAAGACGGGUGUGGGAUACCCGCAGCUGUCAGCCGUCAUUGAAUGCGCCGACGCAGCACAUGGACUAAAGGGUCAUAUCAUUUCGGAUGGUGGUUGCACCUGCCCCGGCGAUGUUGCGAAGGCAUUCGGCGCUGGUGCAGACUUUGUCAUGGCCGGUGGGAUGUUCGCCGGUCACGAUCAAUGUGGGGGCGAUGUAGUCACAAAGCCAGACGGAAAGAAAGUCAAGUUGUUCUAUGGGAUGUCUUCUUCCACAGCCAUGUUGAAACAUUCUGGUGGCGUUGCUGAGUAUCGUUCUUCGGAAGGUAAAACAGUAGAAGUGGAAUACAGAGGAGAUGUAGCGGUAACCGUAAAAGACAUUUUAGGUGGUCUAAGAUCGACGUGUACUUAUGUGGGAGCGGCGAAAUUAAGAGAACUGCCCCGACGAGCCACCUUCAUCAGAUGCUGCAGACAAGUGAACGACACUUUCUCGUAAUUCUAUUAGAAUAAAUUAGAUAAAAUAUGAUUAUAUCCGAAGUAUUACCACAGCCUGUACAGUUAUGUACCUAUAGUUUGCGAUAAGCUGUGGUUUAUAAAUGAAGUAGUUUAAUUAUGUCACUUAAAAAACAAAUGAAAUAAAAAAAUUGAUAAAUGCGGUGAAGUGUAUUUUAAAUGUGUAAUAUUUUGACGAUUUUGACUUUUGUUUUUCAUUCUCACUACUGCGGUGGUCGAGAGAGUCGAGACUAAAACAAAGUACUAUUUUUGACAUCAAUCAAUCAAUUCGCGUUCGACUCCGAAUCUUACUCGAAAUGUCGAGUUUAUAUAUUUAUUUAUUUACACUUUGCUGCAUUAUAAUAUAAAAAUUUAACAUAAUUACAUGUAAAGGAAAGGCAUAUUAUAUAAUGUAAAAACGUACUUUUUUAAAAUUAUCUUGCUUCUCUAAUAUGUAUUAAUCGGAUAUAAUAGUAUUUUAUUACCAAUUAAUUAAUAUUUCGAGCUUUGCUGUAUGUCCAUGUAGCACUGCUAAUAAUAAGUAGUUAAAAAAUGUUUCGAUAUCGAUAAAAAGAUUAUAUGUAUGGGCCAUAAAACGUAACAGCAGGUCUACUUUACAUUGGUCCAAUUUACUCACAGAAUAAUUCGCUGGUAUUGGUACUCUUUAACAAAGUGCACUACGAACGAAACUAUCUUACCUAGGAGUUAUAGAAAUUAUUUCUACAAGUUAGCUACGCGUAUAACUGAAUGAAUGAGUUUCCCUGCUGAUUUUUUUGGGUAGGUUUUGUUUA